CCGACGGGAGUACGCGUGUGACUCUACCGGGUUAACGGGAAUUACCAUCCAGUAAUGUUGUGGUAAUGGCAAAUUUACCAUUCAGGAAGAAAAUUUACUACUAAUCCAGUAGAAAGUUCUUACCAAAUCAACGCGACUUGUUACCACAUUAUUCUGCGUGUACUCACACUCUUAAUACUUGAGGUCUCAUCAUUAUAACACACUGUGCUUGCAGGACUGUAAAUACGUGGAGGAACUACUUGGACUAGAGUGCUUAGUGUACAUACAUAUAUGAGAAAUAAUUUAUUAUUCGAAUAUCCACCCAAAUUCAGACAAUUAUUACCAAGAACUUUAAACAUUACAUAAAUCAGAGUCAAUUUAGUUUCACAAAUUUAAAUAAAAACAAUUCUCCCAUGUCUAUAAAAAUGUGGUCAGGGUUCCUACUGGGGAUGGAAUUAUUUAUUUCCACCUUGCUAAAUAUUUUCCUAGUGCUGCCCGUCUUCACGCUAAUAUUUGGCGUGAAUUCCAUCCGAAGAUGGAUAUUUGGUUUAAGGUUGAAAUGGAGGUUUGGAAAUAAGGCAAAACUCGCGGUUGGGGUUGAGUGCACGUGGCGGCCUUGUCAAAUAGUUCGGGGCCUGGGUGUCUUUGACAGGACGGGAUUUGACUGGGGGUCAUUUAAGCCACGAUUCAUUGAGGAAAUAGGGAACAAUGAAAAAUACAAGAGCCUCUGUUGGAGGUUGAAUAUGGAUGAUGGUCCGUACAAAUAUUGGCAAUUCUGUGACAAUUAUGACCCUCUCGAUCACUUCCGAGUUGUAAAGGGCAGCCGUACGGAGGAUGGGUUCAUGGCUCAAAUCUUAGAAUUCGGGACAAGGUUUCCCGCCGAAAAGCCGCAGUGGGAAAUAAUACUUCUGGAGGAACUUCCCAACCCGCACCAAGUUGGGGUUGUCUUCCGAUUCCACCACAGUUAUGGGGAUGGACUCUCCUUCAUUGGGGCCCUGCUGGGGAUGACAAAAGAGGAUGAGUUUCCCCUCGUUGCCUCCCCCUUUGUGGAUCACCUUUCUGGGUGGGGAAGAUUCAAGUUGAAUGCAUUCGGCUGUGCAAUGUUUGGGCUCACCCUGGUUCGCGAAAUGUUUUUUGUACCACCACCUUGCCCAAGAUAUCGACACGAGGACGGCGGGGAAGGCUAUUCCACGCUCCGAUUCAACAUCCCCCUUUCAAAGCUGCGAACAAUAACCAAACGUACGGAACAGCCGAUAACGAUUUCCUCAAUUAUGAUGACAUCUAUUGCUGCUGCAGUGGCAAGGCUACCCACAACUCAGGCUGAGCCCUUCUACCUUAAGGGGGCACUUGUGGUUACUAAUCCACCUUACCCGAGAGGUAAACUGUGCCACAGGUUCUCCACACUUCUCGUCUCACUUCCCCAGGACGCUCACAACGUGACGGAGAAAACGCUUGUGGAGAUUUCGAAAUCAUGUCGGUCUUCCUUCAAUCCGACCGCCUUUUUUACCCGUUUUCUUGGUGACUAUCUUAUAGGGAGUCUUCCAACCAAAAUCUGUGAAAACAAUCCGGUAACGAACUACUUGGUCUUAUCAAAUAUUCCGUUCUUGAAAAAACGAAACGUGAAGUUUGCCGGAUCCACGUUGCUGGACUGUGCUGCAUUUUUUCACGUUCCCAACGCCCUUUACGUCAGCAUGAUCAGCAUGGAAGAUAAUAUUACCGUAACCAUGACAGCAGCCAGGACGAUGUUAAACCGAGAGGAAUUGGAUGCAGUGGCGGUCAUGUUAGUACAACAAAUCGACUCCUUGACUUCCAUGAAGUCAAGACUUCCACUUCGAAAGGAUUUCGAAGUGUAGUUAGUCUACCAACUUUGGGAAUGUAUAUAGCUUUUAGCCACCUCGGUCAUAGAUGCACCACUUCCGCUUCCCAUUAAUAAUCCUCCGCUUCCGGUAGUCGGAAGCUACAUAUACUGAGGGUAGUCGACAUCCGUGAAAACGUUUUUGACCUGUAAUAUCUUUGGCGCUAGUAGAAAUUUUGAAUUGAAAUUUUUACAAUUUGUUCAUCUUAUAGUCAGCAUUAUGGGUGCAAAAUUUCAAUUCGCUAGUCCUAAUGGCGCCAGAGAUAUAUGCAUACGAAAAAAUAGUGCUGUUCUAAAACUGCCCAAACCUGCAUAAAUUUUACGUUUCAGAAUAUUUUUAAAACCUUCUAGAAUUGUGAAUUGUUUAUGGAAUUUUAUGUGGGUGGUAUGAAAAUUUUUGGCAUCUACGUGGCUUUCAUAAAUAACUCAAAAUU